AACGCCAUCUUGACAGCACCCUCAAAAUGGCAGAAAGAUGAGCGGUAGUAACCAAGUCCAAACUAACAUCUCUGUUCCCUGCUCUUUAAAACCAGACCCGUCUGUUUUUUCAUAAGCGGGUGGUUAUGGGGCUGGAGUCCAGCACGGCAGCACACAGUGUGUAAAAUGGAUAUAACGACGGCGGUUUUCAACGCGGCCAGAGAUGGUAAGCUAAAACUUAUCCAGAAGUUGCUGAGCAACAAAACUCCAGAGGAACUGGAAGCUUUAGCCGAAGAGAAGACACAAGGAGGGACCCCUCUGCUGAUAGCUUCUCGGUACGGACACUUAGAGGUUGUGGAUUACCUCCUUGAAUAUUGUAAAGCGAAUAUUGAACUCGGGGGAUCGGUGAACUUUGACGGUGAGACUAUCGAAGGGGCUCCGCCGCUGUGGGCGGCUUCAGCAGCCGGUCACCUCCCUGUGGUCAAAACGCUCCUAAAACACGGUGCCUAUGUGAAUAAUGCAACAUUCACUAACUCUACACCGCUCCGAGCUGCCUGUUUUGAUGGUCAUCUGGAGAUCGUCCGGUACCUGGUGGAACACAGAGCCGACAUGGAGGUAGCUAAUCGCCACGGCCAUACCUGCCUCAUGAUAUCCUGCUACAAGGGCCACAAGGAGAUAGCCAAGUUCCUCCUGGACCGUGGAGCUGAUGUCAAUCGAAAGAGUGUGAAAGGAAACACCGCCCUUCAUGACUGUGCUGAGUCAGGUAGUUUAGAUAUCAUGAAGAUGCUCCUCAAGUGCAGUGCGCGCAUGGAGAGGGAUGGAUACGGGAUGACCCCACUCCUGGCUGCAAGUGUGACAGGUCACACCAACAUUGUGGAGUACCUCGCUCAUCAGCCUCGCACGUCUAGAGAGGAACGCAUUGAUGCACUUGAGCUCCUUGGAGCUACUUUUGUGGACAAAAAACGGGAUCUCUUGGGUGCAAUGAGAUACUGGAGAAGAGCGAUGGAGCUGAGGCUGCCAGGGGACAAAGCAGCUUCUCUGGCCAAGCCUCCACCUGGACCUCCCAUCCCUGCCUAUGGCUGUGCACAGGAGGUGAACACUGCAGACGAACUGGAAGCUUUGAUCACGGACCCAGAUGAAAUGAGGAUGCAGGCCUUAUUGGUCCGUGAACGCAUCCUUGGACCGUCCCAUCCAGACACCUCCUAUUAUAUCCGCUAUAGAGGAGCUGUAUAUGCUGACUCUGGCAACUUUGAACGCUGCAUUAGCCUGUGGAAAUACGCUUUGGACAUGCAACAGAGCAACCUGGACCCUCUCAGCCCCAUGACAGCUUCAAGUUUCUUGUCCUUUGCAGAGCUCUUCUCUUUUGUCCUUCAAGAUCGAGCUAAAGGCACCCUAUCAACGCGCAUCACCUUUCAUGAUCUGAUGACUGUGUUGGGGAAAAGUGUAAGGGAGGUAGAACGAGCAGUAGCACAGAGGGACAACCCCCCAGAAGCUCCACAGUUCACAAAGGCUCUCUCCAUCAUCCUUCACCUGAUCUUUCUGCUGGAGAAGCUGGAGUGCACCCCAGAGCAGGAGCAUCAGAAAAAGCACACAGUAUACCGUCUGCUGAAGCUAAACCCCAGAGGUCGUAAUGGCUUCACUCCCCUCCACAUGGCUGUAGACAAGGAAACCACAUCUGUGGGUCGAUACCCUGUGGGUCGCUUCCCAUCCCAGGCGGUGGCGUCACUGCUCCUUGAGUGUGGCGCGGAUGUUGAUUCACGAGACUGUGAGAACAACACGCCACUGCACAUCGCUGCUAGCAACAGUUGUCCUGAGAUUAUGGCACAACUUAUGAAAGCUGGGGCUCACUUUGACGCCACAAAUGCACAGAAGAAGACAGCCUACGAGCUGUUGGAUGAGCAGAGCAGUGGGCACCCAGCCCUUUACCCACUAAACUAUGUCACCCUUCAGUGCCUGGCGGCACGUGCAAUUGAGAAGCACAGACUGCCCUACAGGGGACUCAUCUCUGAGGAGAUGGAGGCUUUCAUUGAGCUACACUGACUUUCACUACAUCACCCCAAAAAGGCAUCACCGCACUACUCUUCUGAUUAUUCUUAGUCCUUAUUAUGACCUGCUACCAACAUCCUCUUCAUUAUUUGUGGUCUCUGUCUUCUUUUAUGUUGAGCUUCACUUCCUGCCCUAGUUGUACCAGCUGACCCUGUGUCAGACCAUACCGUAGCAAUAAACCCCAAUCUGUGGGCUUAAAUGUUUAGCUGAGAUCUGGCCAGUUGCUUUAUUCUAAUGUUAAGUCAUGUAGAUUUUUAAAGAGAUUGUGGGUUUCAACUGCUAUUUAAAGCUGGGUGAAACUUCAGUUUAAAAGGCUUUAAUGCAAUUUUCUUUUGCAGUAUGAUGGUGCUUGUGUGUGUUUGGAGAAAGCUAGACUUUGAGAAAGUGGGCUUUGAAGGCAUUUGAUCAGAUGAACCAGAUAACAAGCAUGAAAAUGAGGAGUGAAACUGGAACCUGAAACUGUUUUGCCGAAAAUUAAACAACAAACUCAGCCACGCAAGACUGCUCACUGGCGGUUUCUGCCUGGAUCUUCUUGUUCAAACAUACCAUCUGCUGUGUUGUUUUUUAAAUUUGGGAAGGUGUUCAACUUAUUGUGCCAAAUGUCAGACAAGAGGUUUUGUCCUGUUACAGACUAGAAAUUGGUGGGAAAAAAAGCAACAAAAAGGUUAUGUUCCUCAUUAGAAGCAGACGUAAUAACUGAAGGUGGGGAUAUGAAGCUUCAAGUUAUGGGGGGGCAAUGACAAUUGCUGAAUAUUUCAGACUGUGACAAGGUUGGACAGCCUGCAGAGCCAUCAUUUACAAGGCUUUGAUUAGAUUGAGAAUGAGUGGUACCCCUGACUAUAACAAAGACACCAGGCACCAUUGUUUGGCUAACACUCCCUAGUCUGUGCACAGACUUUUCUAAGCUAUGCAGUUUGUAAUAUUCCAAUCACAGGCAAAUUUUUCUCAUGCAAAACUGCGCAAACAGCUUUUACCUGGGUUUAUUCAGUUUCAAAUACUUUUAUUAACAUGAUAAUGCAUCAGAAAUGUGGCUGUUCCUUUGACAAUGAAAUAGUUUCUUUAGAAUUU